AUGUCAAGCGCAGUUUUAUACGAGAUAGGCUGGGAUGAAGGUUUUGCAAUUCCCGUGGCCAAUGCAGAAAAUAAAGCAUUACAGGAACAGGUGCAAAGGAAACAAAAAGAAAAUUCGAACUUGGAGAAUAAAUUCAGGGAGCACAAAGACAAGAUCCAAGCCUUAUCUGACCAUCUGAAAAAUGUCAGACAGGAACUUUCUCACACCCAGGCACUCUGCAGAGCUGUGGAGAAGGAGACAGAGUCUGAGACGCAUUUCAAAGCUGUGGCAGAAAGAGAAAUGGGCCGCUUACGGCAAGAAAUCGCUCAGCUGGAGAAUGAGCUGGGAACACUGAGGGAAAGGAAGAAUGACCAGGAGAACAGUAUCUUCAAAGCCACUCAGAAACUAGAGGAGCUCAAGACCCAGCUGAACUGGGAUCAGCAGACCCUGGACACCUGGCUUCAGGAAUCUGCACAGAAUGAUGAGGACACCAUGGCCAUUCUGAAAUAUGCCCAACAAGAUGAGAGCAGGAUAAAGGAGCUGACUCUGCGCAUUGAGAAGAUGACCAUCGAGGCUAACCAGAAGCGCAAGGCCCUGGAAAACGAACGGACCGAGACAAUGACAGCACAGAUUGGGCUUGAUAAGACUGCGGAGACUUUGCGUCAAGCACACAUGGAGCGCCAGGAGCUCAUUCGCCAGUGGGAGAACACCAUUGAUCAGAUGAGGAAGAGGGAUCAUGAACUACAGCAGUGUGCACUGUUAAUCUCCCAGAUGAACCAGGAAGUCCGGGAGAGACGGGGCUUGGUAAAGGAAAAGAGGAACUUCCUGGACAGCCAGGUGGACAACAACAAGGAAUGCGAGAAGAAAAUCGCAGCUGCGGAGCGGCUGGCAGCCAAACUGAGGGCAGAAUUCCAGGAGCUGGAGAACAACCGCACUCGGCUGCAGGAUGAGUUGGAAAGCUUGAGGGGAAAUGUGGACCAGGCGACCACAGCUGUAGAGGCUACGAGAUCCAAGCUGGCUGGAAUGAAAAAAGAAAUUCAGGACAAAACUAAAAAGUUGGAAAACACCAAGCUCCACAACGCCGCUCUGGAGGAGAAGCUGGAGAAUGUGACGGAGUCGGCCGUCAGCGUGGAGGAGAGGGCUGCGCAGUUGGAGCAGAUGCUGAAGGAGGAGGAGCAGACCAGCAAAGAGAUCGAAUCUCAGUUGCACCGGCAGCAGACGAUACUGUCCCGCAAGACGCAGGAGUUGCAGACGUUGAAAUCCAAGGAGAAGACCGUGUUGGCUGAGAUCUCUGGGACCCGGGCCACCUGCUCCAACCUCAGCAGCCGGCUGAAUAAGAUGGAGCAGAAUUCUCUGAAACAACAGGAGAUGAUUUACAGCAAGGACUUCCAGAUCCAGCUCCUGGAGAAGAAGCUGUCGCGACUGAGAGGGGAGGAGAACACGGAGGAGGAGAGAGCCCUGAGGGAGAAGGAGUCCGAACUGGCCAAGACCCUGGAGGAGGAGAAGAAGACCGCCAAAAUGCUGGCGCAACAGCUGAAAAAGCUACAGGAUGAGAUCCGCUGUGCAAGGAAAGACACUGAAAAGACCGGGGCUCAGAAGAGAGAUCUCACUGAGAAGAUUGAGGAGCUGAACCUCUUCAUCGACACUUCAGAAAAGGAACUCAAGAAGCUCCGGCUCAAAAAGCAGGAUACCAUGGUGGAAGACAACAUUCUCAAACUGGAAGUCAAGCAUCUGAGGGACCUGCUGUACGACAAGGCAGACAGCGUCCUCUCCCUGGAGAAACAGAGGCUACGGCUGCAGACGGCCAUGAAGGAGAGGGAGGUGGAGAUCAACAUCUACAGGGAGAUGCUCCAAAAGCAGGUCAAAAUCGCAGAGCAGGAACGUCAAAGGCUAAGUGCUGAAGUGCACGAGAGACUCUCAAAAAUUGACAAGAUGAGGAGGAAGUACGAGAUCUUGACAGUUUGCAUGGCAGCCCCUGAGGGAGAGGAGGAGAAGUCUCCGGCUUAUUAUGUGAUCAAGGCUGCGCAGGAGAAAGAAGAGCUCCAGCGCAAAGGAGAUGAUUUGGAUGCCAAAAUUCGAAAGGCAGAGAAGGAAAUCCAGGCUUUGGAAAACACCCUGCAGGUUGUCAGCAGUCACAACGCAGCGUAUCGCAAGGCGUUCAGCAAAGUCACUGAGUCAAGUGAGGAGUAUCAAAAGAAGCUAAAGCUUGAGGAACAAAAGAGGGCCAUGGAUGAGAAUUAUCUCUACAAGAGAAGGCAGAUCAGAGAACUCCAAGAAGACAUUCAGGGUAUGAACAAUGCUCUUGAUGGCCUGCUGAAGGAGGAAGCCGUGCAGCACAAAAAGACUGACGAAACUCAGUCUCAGCUCCUGUCCCUGGACAAAGAGCUCGGCUCUCAGAAAGAAAAGCUUGACAGGGUCACCAAACAGUGUUCGAAACUUACCAGGGAGAUUCGGUCAGCCAAACAGACCAAAGGGAAGACCUCGGAGGAGCAUGACAUUGACCUUCGUGAGCUGAAGGACUUCAACAAGAUGGUCAACAAGGUGCUUCUGGAAGCAAUGGAUGAGCAUCCUGACCUGAGAUCAGUGCUGCAGACAUACUUUCAGGAGGCCAGCCUGCCCCUGCCAACGUCAGUGUCCACGUCAGCCAGUCGGCAGGGCUCAAAGCCUUCCUCAGCUCGGAGUUCUGUGUCGUCUGCCAGGUCAUCUGGCUCUUCCUGUGGUAGUGGACCCAGGGCCUCAGCCCUGCAGUCUCCCCAUGUGACGACGGUCGACCUGGGGCUGCAGCUGGCAGUAAGGAGCCCUCCCCUCAGCGCCGCUUCCUCACACGACUCCAGUCGCGGCAGCUCCGCCGCCAGCAGCACCAGCAGUGCCCGCAGCCAGAAGUCCCAGCGCAAAAGCCCAUAGAACCACCACU